UCAUGGUGUCUGUCUUAUACUUAUCCCAGCACUCAGGAGGCAGAGGCAAGUGGAUCUCUGAGAUCAAGAACUACAUAGUGAGACCACUCUUCAACACUAAUGUCUCCUAAUACAACCUUAGUUGAAGAGCCAGGAAACAAAAUGCUAUGGGUGUGAACUGUGUUUGGAGCACAUGAAAAUCUCCAGCAUCCAAGAAACUUGGGGAUUUCUAUUGCUUUGGAGGCUGUCCUGGAAUUCAAGAGAUCCAUCUGCCUCCCUAGUGCUGGGCACAACCUUUUUUUGAUUUGUGCCUCAGCUAUCCUUGGUUGUUAACGAGUUUAAGACCACUAAUCUGUUCUUCCAUGAAAAGCUUCAGUGAAAACCACCGCUGUUUUGUGUAGAUCUUAGAUUGGAAACCAUUGGAACAUCAAGGUUGUCUUGCUCCUUUAGGACAUUUGUUCCGGGCACGAAGGAGAAGCUGUUCUACAGAGCAAUUUCCAGGACAGGCUCCAAAGCUAUACAGAGCAACCCUGGCACCAAUACAUCCAGUUGUUUGGUUGUUGAGUCUCUACCUCCUGGGUGCUGGGAUUAAAGCAACUGCCACCAUACCCAGCUGCUUUUUUUUUUUUUUUUUGAGAAAGGUCUACUCUGGCCUUCAGUAAUUUCUUGGAUUAGGAAAUGGCUCUCCUUCUGCCUCACAAGUGCUCUAGCAUUAAAGGCACAGACCAGUCCAGCUCAGUAUUGCUUAAGUAUAGUAUAUUUAGUUGAACUAGAGAAUAAGAAAACCAUAUCAGAUUUUAAAUUUUCUCAGUAGUUCAAGGUCACCUUGGCUAUGUAAUGAAUUUGAGUGGAGCCCAGAGUACAUGAGACCCUCUCAAGAGACACCUUGCAAAAGUAAAGCAGCUACCUUUAAUUUCACCAUUCAAGAAUCUGAGGUAGGAUCAGUAAGGUUUGAGACCAUUGAAAUAACAAGAUGUUUUCCCCCAGAUAGCCAUUAAUUUGUGUAAAAAAUUGGAAUGUAGGUCUUUGCAAGGACAUAAUUGAACAAGACAAUCUCUUUAAGAGUGGGUUAAACAUAGUUUGACUUCCCUUAGGAAGAAAAUUGGAUCACACACAAAACCAUCUGUUACCUCCAGGCGCUUACUAGGUGUGGAUUUUUCCCGAAAGUAAAUUAGUUAGGUCAUAGCUGGAUUUGCCACCUCAUUUUCCCUGUAUUCUCAAGAUUUUAUUCACGAAAACUUGCUAAAUACUGGGCGUUGGUGGCCCACACCUUUAACCCCAGCACUCGGGAGGCAGAGGCAGGAGGAUCUCCGAGUUCGAGACCAGCCUGGUCUACAAGAGCUUGGACAGCCUCCAAAUCCACAGAGAAACCCUGUCUUGAAAACCUAAAAAAAAUAGAAAAUCUUGCUAAGGUUUUUAAAAGUAGUAUUAGAAUCGCGAGGCCACACCCCUACAGACGAAAUCCCUUGAAGGGUUUGAGUGUCUGCAAACGGGCCGGGAAGGAUGCUCUUAUUUCCAUUCUAAUAGGAGAAACCCUAAUCCCUUCCUCUGCUCCUCACCUGAGAUCCGAUUAAGGUCUAAACCAUCAUAGAUCUGUCAUAUUUCAGGUCGGAAAAAUUAGUAGCAUCUGCAGCCACAUCCCAUGGGUUGAGAACCCUGGAACCUUCCAGUUCAGCAAAGGGCACCAAGUGUCCGGGAAUUCCACGAGCACAGCGACCAGGAAGGCUAAUCCAAGCUACCUCUCCCUGUUAAUCAUCUGAAUAAUCUGGGGCUGAAUAUUCGUCACCAUGGUGAUGAUUCUAGGAAAAUACUAAUUUUGGUUGUGAGCUCAGCCUUUAACGGAAGAGCCAUGCCUCCACCCCAAUUCUAGAAAAAUCUUACCACUCCAUGGGUAGUUUGGAGAUAGUUUUAAGAGGACAAUUCAUAACAUUGAGACACUUAAUGCUUGAUAAUACUGCGGUUACCUUUGGCCCAGAGCCAAGACGGUAGCAAACGACUGCUACAGUUUCAAAGGUGACGGAAUCUAGUACAGCCAGUCAAAGUAGACCGGAAAACCGUCUCCUUUCACCCUUUGGGGGAAGGGUCUCAGCUGGGGCAAGAAACACGCAACAGCUCAAACACGUGGUUUUCCAGCGAGCGUGGGAAAAGGGGAAAAAAAUCCUGCCAGGACUUAAGAUGUCCGCUGAAGACCCUUGCACCUGCCAGAGAGAGCGUACCCUCUUCCAAAAUGUCCUCCCGCAGGAGUGACGUCACUCCGCCGGCUCCCUCCGGGCCCGAAAUUGAGAGCGCUCCAAUCAGGCCCUGGGCCACGCCUCGCACGCGCGUCACUUCCGGUGGUGCAGCAGCCAUUUUGUCAGUCGCCAGCGGAUCCCGCGCGCUGCAGAAGUGCAGUUCCCCCUGGUUACCGAGUCGUCGGUUCUUCCUUGGCGCUGCGGGCGCCCGACAGGAGCGCCCACCAAAGGCGUAGGCGUUCCUCCUCAAAGUGCUGGCGCGGCUGUUGCAUCCCUCCGGAGCCCGAGCGCUGUCUGCCUCUCCCCAGCACUGACAGGCGCCCUCAGGGCGCUGCCAUCAGCGAUGUCAAGCGAGGAAAGCUAUCGGGCCAUCCUGCGCUAUCUGACGAACGAACGUGAGCCUUAUGCACCGGGCACCGAGGGCAAUGUCAAGCGGAAAAUCCGCAAGGCCGCCGCCUGCUACGUCGUGCGCGGCGGGACUCUGUACUACCAGCGGCGCCAGCGGCACCGCAAGACCUUCGCGGAGCUGGAAGUCGUGCUGCAGCCCGAGCGGCGCCAGGGCCUCAUAGAGGCGGCCCACCUGGGCCCCGGAGGCACCCACCACACCCGACACCAGACCUGGCACGACCUGUCCAAGACCUACUGGUGGCGAGGUAUACUAAAGCAAGUUAAAGAUUACAUAAAACAGUGUAGCAAGUGCCAGGAGAAGCUUGAUCGCUCCCGUCCAAUAUCAGAUGCUUCAGAAAUGUUGGAAGAAUUGGGAUUGGACCUUGAAUCUGGAGAAGAAAGUAAUGAAUCAGAGGAUGACCUGAGCAACUUCACUUCCCCUCCAACCACAGCCUCCAAGUCUUCAAAAAAGAAGCCAGUGUCUAAACAUGAACUUGUAUUUGUUGACACCAAAGGAGUGGUAAAACGUUCUUCUCCAAAACAUUGCCAGGCAGUUUUAAAACAGCUAAACGAACAGAGACUUUCCAACCAGUUCUGUGACGUUACCUUGUUAAUUGAAGGAGAAGAGUACAAAGCUCAUAAGUCUGUCCUGUCAGCAAACAGUGAAUAUUUUCGAGAUCUUUUUAUUGAGAAGGGAGCUGUUUCUAGUCAUGAGGCAGUCGUGGAUCUUUCUGGCUUUUGUAAAUCAAGCUUCCUUCCUUUGCUGGAAUUUGCCUAUACCUCUGUACUAAGUUUUGACUUUUGUAGCAUGGCUGAUGUAGCUGUCUUAGCUCGCCAUCUUUUUAUGUCAGAAGUUUUAGAAAUCUGUGAAAGUGUACAUAAGCUAAUGGAAGAAAAGCAACUAACAGUAUAUAAGAAAGGUGAAGUACAAACGGUCGCAUCUACUCAAGACUUACCAGCACACAAUGGAACCACAGCACCACCUGUGACUAGGAAUGAAGCAACCACAACUUUGUCAAGUGAACUUGGGCAUUGUGAAAUUGUACUGCUUGUAAAUGGAGAAUUGCCAGAAACAGAACAGCAUGGGGAGUCAGGGCGGCAGCCUGUGGCUCCGGUUCCUCCAGAGGCUGAAGCUAGUGUGUCCCCUAUAGAAUGUAUAGCUGAUCCCCAUUCUGAAAUGGAAACUGCUAGCUUAGCAACUAACACCAACCAAACAGAGAUAGAGACUGCAGUCCUCGGAGAAGAUGGCACAGUUGAUAAUGUUCAUCCUAAUAUUUCAAAAGAGAAUGUAAUCAGUAUUUCUCAAGAGGAUAAUGAUAUGAGAAAUGACACAUCGCCUGAGGACAUCGGUGCCAAAGACGGUCCAGAUCAUAGUCAGAGCCCUGACCAACCUUUAAAAGAUCAGGAAACUCUAAUUGAAACCACAGAAAAGACAGACUCAGGCCCAGAAGAUGAUACUUAUAAAAGUAGGCUUAGGCAGCGGUCUGUUAAUGAAGGUGGCUACAUCAGACUACACAAAGGCAUGGAGAAAAAGUUACAGAAGCGGAAAGCCAUUUCUAAGUCGGCAGUUCAACAGGUGGCCCAGAAACUAGUUCAAAGGGGGAAAAAGAUGAAACAACCCAAAAGGGAUGCUAAGGAGAACACUGAAGAAACAUCUCAUAAAUGUGGGGAAUGUGGAAUGGUUUUUCAAAGACGGUAUGCCUUUAUAAUGCAUACAUUGAAACAUGAAAGAGCUAGAGAUUACAAAUGUCCGUUAUGUAAAAAACAGUUUCAGUAUAGUGCCUCAUUACGAGCACACCUUAUACGACAUACGAGAAAAGAUGCGCCCACUUCAUCUUCAUCUAAUUCCACAUCUAACGAGGCAUCAGGAACAUCAUCUGAGAAGGGAAGAACCAAAAGAGAAUUCAUAUGCUCUAUAUGUGGGAGGACAUUACCUAAAUUAUACUCUCUCCGAAUACAUAUGCUAAAGCACACAGGUGUAAAGCCACAUGCCUGCCAGGUCUGUGGAAAAACUUUCAUCUAUAAGCAUGGUCUAAAGUUACAUCAAAGUCUCCAUCAAUCACAAAGGCAGUUCCAGUGUGAACUGUGUGUCAAGUCAUUUGUUACCAAACGGAGUCUUCAGGAACAUAUGAGUAUUCACACAGGAGAGUCCAAGUACUUUUGCUCAGUUUGUGGAAAGUCUUUUCACAGGGGCUCCGGACUUAGCAAGCACCUUAAGAAACACCAACCAAAGCCUGAAGUUCGAGGUUAUCAUUGUACACAGUAAGUAAUAUAUGUGAAAAAAAGUUUCUUUGAAGCUAGAGAUCUGCGCCAGCAUAUGAAUAAACAUCUUGGUGUGAAGCCAUUUCAGUGCCAAUUUUGUGAUAAGUGCUACAGCUGGAAGAAAGAUUGGUAUUCCCAUGUGAAGUCCCAUUCUGUCACUGAACCUUACAGGUGUAAUAUAUGUGGUAAAGAAUUUUAUGAGAAAGCUUUAUUCAGAAGACAUGUAAAGAAAGCCACCCAUGGGAAGAAAGGAAGAGCGAAGCAAAACCUGGAACGGGUGUGCGAUCAGUGUGGAAGAAAAUUCACUCAGCUUAGAGAGUAUAGGAGACACAUGAACAACCAUGAAGGAGUUAAGCCCUUUGAGUGCUUAACAUGUGGAGUAGCUUGGGCUGAUGCCCGAUCACUAAAACGUCAUGUCCGAACACAUACUGGUGAACGGCCCUAUGUGUGUCCUGUGUGUAGCGAAGCUUACAUAGAUGCUCGAACACUUCGUAAGCAUAUGACUAAAUUCCACAGAGACUAUGUGCCUUGCAAAAUCAUGCUGGAGAAAGACACUCUGCAGUUUCAUAACCAAGGAACUCAAGUGGAACAUGCUGUCAGCAUCUUAACUGCAGACAUGCAAGGACAAGAAAGCACUGGGCCUCAAGAGCUUGAGACUGUGGUGGUGACAGGAGAAACUAUGGAAGUUCUUGAAGCGGUUGCAGCUACUGAAGAGUGUCCAUCAGUAUCUACGCUUUCUGACCAAAGUAUUAUGCAAGUGGUUAACUAUGUGUUGGCCCAGCAGCAAGGACAGAAGCUGUCUGAAGUUGCAGAAGCCAUCCAGACUGUUGAAGUAGAAGUGGCACAUAUGCCGGAAGCAGAGUGAGUACUGCAGCCACAAGAGACGACUGCCCAUUGCGCUCACAGAGCACGUGUUUACAGUUUGUCACCACCCAUGUAGACUUCGUAUGUGAAGCUGCGCUGUUGGUGACAUUACUAAACUGCUUGUCUGGCCAAUGAGUUCUGUAGGAAAGUCACUUUCUGUAAAGUAAUUGAAAACAAUCUGUUGGAUCGAAGUAGUUGAUCAUGGUAUGCCUUUUAUGAAUUAAUGUUUAUAAAUGUACAAAAUUUAAAGAUGUGCAGUUUCAUUUAUAUUUGACAUUAUUUUAUUACAUAUUUUGAAUUUGAAAGGCUGCACAGUUGGCUUUCCUUCUGUUUUAUUCUCAAAAUACAGAGGUUCUGUGACUAUUUGCUGUUUGUGGAUUUAAAUAAUUCUAAUAUAAAGUAUAUCUGUAAGAUGCAUAAGUAUAUUACAUUUUAAAAAUGCUUUAGAUCUAUGAUUCUUGACUUAUUAUUUAUUUUGGCUGCUUCUAAGUCAGGGAUCUAGUCUGUCUUGAAGCACUUAAUGAGUUCUGUGUUGUAAUCAAGUUUGUAUAAUUUAUUUAUCUGUAUGGGGACCCACAAAUGCAAAGCUAAUUUUAAGAAACCAUUAAAAUGCAUGAGAUGUCUAUUAAAGCCUUACUAUACUAUCUCUUCAAGGCAAGUAAUUGGCCAUGAGAAAAGAGUACUGUUAUUAAACACUGUUGAUGGGAAGUUUCUGCUUGAUAACAUUGGACUAUAAAUGGAAAAAAUCAAAACUGAUUCUUUUGCUGAAGAAUGAACAAGUUAACGAAGAAGUUAAGUUUGGUAUGUUUUAGCUUUUGUAUCAUGUUUGUUUAAAUUUGUUAAACUACAUCUAUAGUGGUAAUAUGGAUGCUAUAUAAUUGUUAGAUAAUUUCAGAAUGUUAAAUUCAAUGCAGCCCUCAUUAUACUGUGUUAUAUAAAAAAAUUGAUUAUGGUACUAUCCAAUUGCUGAAAGCUACCUUAAAUCUAAAUUAUAUUCAUUCAUGUGUUUGAUUUUUUUUUUAAUUUCUCACCUGAGUUGUCAGAUUCAGAUUUUGAAAAUAACUAUGGAGAUAUACCACAUUUCUCUCUAGAAACUAUCGCUAAAGCUAUAAUUGUUAAAAUUAAGCUUUUAGGUAUUAGAAGCUUUGUUAAAGUAUAAAAUUAAGAUAUAAAGAGUAUAUGUAAAUCAUUCCUAAAGCACAAGAAAUGAAUGUGCCUUGAUGUACAUAUAGAAUAUUAAGAUGCCUAUUCCAAUUCACUUUCAAAAUGGCUUUAAGGUUAAGGAGUAAAUGUGAUAGCCCUGCAUGCAUUUUCUUGCAUAUGUAAUGUGUGCAUUUGCAAAUUUGUUGUUGUUUUAAUAGCUGUGUGGCUUUCUGUUUUAAAAGUGAAUCUAUAUACAGCCCACAACUUCAUAUAGGCUAUUCACUGGUCAUGUCCAGCAGUUAAUGAAAAAGUAUUUCCAUGUAAUUAACAUUUGAAAUUGUCUUUUAUGUUCCAUUUUCACCAUUGUUAGAUUUAGUUAAAUGUGUAAGAUCAUAAAUGUAUGUCAGAAAUAUGUAAAUAAAAGAUGUUCAGUCUUAUUAAAAGCAAAA